UGAAGCGGAUUAUCUUUACGCCACAAGAAGCUUUUAUUAGCACUAAAGUUGCAAGUUUGCACGUUGGAGAGACGGCGCAACGGAUUGCAUGAAGUGCUUUUUAAAAAUGUGCUGUGCACCCUUAACUUGCGUUUGCAGCUGAGGCAUGUGAAAGAGAAUGAGAGCUAUUGGAUGCCUGCGUCUCCAUCAGUGCCAGUGUUUCUCCAUGAGUUCAGUGACGGUCUCCGGCUGCUCCAAAUCAUUGCGCACGGCGCACCAACUGAAUCUAGACGCUCAGUCUCGGCUGAUCUCCAUCUGAGGGCUUUGCACAUCUUUUAUGAGCACUUUAUCAAUUAAAGCACUUGAUUUGACGCGUUUGGACAGGUGUGAUUGUAAAUACACCGCGCACGCAGCUGGAUUUUGGAUUCAGCACCACGGCUGCGGACAGCUCCCGUUCCCCCGUGACGCGCGUCUGGAUGGCUGCUGCUCGCGUUUCUCUGUCGCUGCUCUGAUCCGCUCUUUUCGCGAUGGCAUCUCACGGGUUUUGGUUUCUGGGUGCUGAAAACGCGGCUGGAAACGGCAGUCAAAGCCCGAACACUCCCAGAGCAUGGUGUCAGGCGGCGGCCCAGAAAUUCUCCGGAGGCAUCGGCUCCAAAUUAUGUGCUCUGUUAAAUGUCGGGGAGGCUGAGAAAGCAGCUCAAGCCCCAGUUAAAGCAGAAGAUGGGUCUACAGCCGAGAGCUGCGGCUGCAAUAAACCCUGUGACUGCCCCAAAGCCGCCGUGUGCUUCUCUGAUCUCUAUUCAACAGAUCUUUUACCUGCACUGGAUGGGGACGCCAAGACUAUGAAUUUUCUGCAGGAGGUUGUGGAUAUAUUGCUGGCUUAUAUAGUGGAAUCUUUUGACAGGUCAACGAAAGUGAUUGAUUUUCACUAUCCAAAUGAAUUGCUCCAAAGGAAUAAUUGGGAGCUUUCGGACGAACCCGAGACUCUAGAUGAUAUUCUGAUCAGCUGUCGUGCCACGCUAAAAUACGCCAUAAAAACUGCACACCCCAGGUAUUUCAAUCAGCUCUCCACUGGGUUAGACAUGGUUGGCUUGGCUGCCGAUUGGCUAACGUCCACUGCCAACACCAAUAUGUUCACCUAUGAGGUGGCUCCAGUCUUCGUGCUGUUGGAAUACGUCACACUGAAGAAGAUGAGGGAGAUCAUUGGCUGGCAGGACGGCCGCGGUGAUGGAAUAUUCUCCCCGGGUGGCGCCAUCUCCAACAUGUAUGCCAUGCUGCUGGCUCGCUAUAAAAUGUUCCCUGAGGUGAAGGAGAAAGGAAUGUCAUCUGUACCAAGACUGGUGGCCUUCACAUCUGAACAUAGCCAUUUUUCAAUCAAGAAAGGAGCAGCCGCACUUGGAAUCGGUACAGAAAGUGUCAUCUGUAUUAAAGCAGAUGAAAGGGGUAAGAUGAUUCCUUCCGACCUUGAAAGGAGGAUUAUUGAAGCCAAGCAGAAGGGAUACGUGCCAUUCUUUGUCAGCGCCACGGCCGGCACCACAGUUUAUGGAGCCUUUGAUCCUCUCAUGGCUAUAGCAGACAUCUGUAAGAAGCAUGAUGUCUGGAUGCAUGUGGAUGGAGCAUGGGGUGGAAGUUUGCUAAUGUCCCGGAAACACCGGUGGAAGCUGAAUGGAGUUGAGAGGGCUAAUUCUAUGACCUGGAACCCUCAUAAAAUGAUGGCUGUGCCCUUGCAAUGCUCAGCUCUGCUGGUUCGAGAGGAGGGUCUGAUGCAGAGCUGCAAUCAGAUGCAGGCCUGUUAUCUGUUCCAGCAGGACAAGCACUAUGAUCUGUCCUAUGACACAGGGGACAAGGCCCUGCAGUGCGGCCGCCAUGUGGACAUCUUCAAACUAUGGCUAAUGUGGAGAGCUAAGGGCACUAUUGGUUUUGAGGCUCAGAUUGACAAAUGUCUGGAGCUUUCAGAGUAUCUCUACAACAAGAUCAAGGACAGGGAAGGAUAUGAUAUGGUGUUUGAUGGAAAGCCUCAGCAUACCAAUGUGUGUUUCUGGUACCUUCCACCGGGCGUACGCUACCUGGAGGACAAAGUGGAGAAAAUGAAGCGUCUGCACAAGGUUGCCCCUGUAAUCAAAGCCAGAAUGAUGGAGUAUGGAACGACCAUGGUGAGCUAUCAGCCGCAGGGAGACAAGGUCAACUUCUUCCGUAUGGUCAUCUCCAACCCAGCUGCUACCUUUGAAGACAUUGACUUCCUCAUUGAAGAGAUUGAGCGACUGGGACAGGAUCUUUAAAAACUUAAGAUGCCGAAACCUGUUAUUCUUGUGUCCCUGGAUGGAUCGAAUAUUUGUUGUGAAUGUAACGGUAAAUCUUUGAUUCCUCUUCUCCAAAGUCAUAUAAAGAUAGUAUGAUUUAAAAAAAAGACAAUAUGAAAAUAUCUAGCCUUUAGUAUUGUAGUGUUGUUGUGGGCUUCGUGGUCCAAAGCCCUGUAAAAGUGUUACCGUCUGCUUUUACUGUCUAUCUUAGUGUCUUUGACAUGACUUUUUUUUUUUUGUUUACAUGUGUUUAUUGAGAAUAUGAAGAGUUACUUGCUUCUUAUUCAGUGCAGGUCCUAAGUUUCUAUUUGAACAGCUAUUCAAAGUGCCAGAUUACAGACUAUAUUAUAAUAGUAGAGACAUAUUAUCUAAAACCACUUCAUACCUAGAGCUUUUGUAUUCAGAGACUAUGUGUGACUUAUGUUUGAUCAAUUUCUCAAGAUACCGAACCAUAGGAAGAGUUUUACAAGAGUUUCGACCAACUGUAUUGAGUGUGGACAUGACAUUUAAAUUAGUUAACGUAUGCUCAAAAAACAAGCACAAAUAUAAUGUUGCUCUCUAAAAUGAUAUUUACAGGAGGCUGCCAGUGUCUAUAUAAACAUGUCUAUACAGUAGCAUAUUAUAUGCUACUGUACUUCUAAAUUUGACCAAACUAAAAUGAUAAUAAUAAACAAGAACAACAUUUUUAAAAUGAUCAUACUAUAAAAACAAAAUAAUCCUGUUUUCAGGAUAAAAUGCUCUUUAAAAUGGGAAUUUCCCUUCCCCCUAAUAACAUGUGCAAUUAUUGAAAAAUAUUUUUAUUUCUUUACUUGGAAAUUCAAAAUUUCCAACUUAAUACUUGGAAAAGUGCAAUAGAGAGGCAUUUGAAUGGCAGUUGGUCUUGGAAACUUUUAGGUAGUUGUUCACUUUUAAGCAAACAAAAUUAAAAAAUAAAUAAAUCAAUAAAUCAAAUAUUCACUCUUUCGACAAUGUCCCCUGGAAUGAAACAGUAGCACACGCAUAUUAUGUACUGUAUUAAAAAACAUGGAUUUAAAUGACAAAUUUAGUCUAUAUAUAUAUAUAUGUAGUAAAACACUUUCCUACAUAAUAGCAAUAGAUUUCUUAAUUUAACGACCCAUUCAUGUACUUAUUUAGCUUUCUUAUACAAAAUGAUAGAUAUUUCAGGGUAUAUUAACAGAGCUAAAUUUAAUGUUAUAUAUAAACUCCAAAAAGAAAAUAACACACAAGCAUAAUUAGGGUUCUGCCCUAUGAUAGUAUGUAAAUAAUGUUUUAAGAUGUUCUUGAUCAAGUACAUAUCUAUGUGAAUACAUCACUGUAUUGUAUAUAAGGCAGAGUCUAUUUGUGUGGUAAAUAAUAUUAUUUUCUCUAUUCAACAGAUAUUUAAUCGUAAAUGGUAGAUACAUUCUGCUUUGUGUGUGCGUGUGUCAGAUGUGUUGAAUAUGAUGACUUAUGUAACUGCAAAGAUGAAGGAUCUGGCUUUAAAUCCAUUUGAAGCCUCUGCAUUUUAACGUACUAACUCGAAAUUAUUAUUAUAGCACAUUUCGGUGGUUAUGAAAGCUAUUUCUGAACCAGUGCUGGUUGUAUUCGUGCCCAAGUGAUAAACUUGACAUCCUGUGCCGAUUUGUAUUUUUGUGUUUGUAACUGUAUUGCCUUAGUAUUAAUUGCCAGUAUUGUCUAGUUCUCCUAAAGAGGAGCUUGUGCACUUUAGCUUAUAUGUAUGAUGAUCUGUCCAAUGGAUGUUCUUAGUUUGAUGUUUUAUGAAACUGAGCGUUGUCUGAAUGUGUCCCAGCUUGGACGUCCAUUCGAGAUGAGAGUUGCUUAUAGCUGAAAUCCUUUGUAGAUUUGCUAAUGCUAUAUUACUGCCUGUAUCCUGUAAUAGUCAGCCCUGCUGAAAAACACAACUGAACCCCAUCGAAUCUGGUUUUAGAUUGGUCUUAGAGUGUGUUUCCCAAAAGUAUAUUAGUUUAAACCUAUUUUGUCGCGACCAACACUUUGGUGCUUCCUGAAUACGUAAUUCCAACAAACAUUUGCAAACAUUUGACUUUUUGUUUUUUGCACGCAUGCUCUAGUACCAUGAAGGAAAAUGCAAAAUAAUAGAGAACAAAAGUAGCGAAGCAGUCCUCAGAUGCCAUGUGCAUUAUUUAGAGCAAUAACGGCUUUAAUUUGUUUAAUUACCACCUGCUUGACGUCAUAUACAACAGUUCUAAGCAACGUGGUUCAAAAACAGAUGUGCGACAAAGUUCCUACGUUUUCGAAAAACAGCCAUGGCUAGCUAGUUUCUACAAUGUUGCAUCACGCUAAGGUGGUUAAGCAAAAAAGUACAGGAAACGCACCCCUGGUCAGGCAGGAAGACCGACUUAAACCAGUUAAUCCGGCUACUUAUGAAAAUUAACCAUGGUUUUAUUGUAGUAAAAGAGUAGUAACCAUGUUUUUGGCAGAUUGAUUACCAAUUGUAUAACCACAGUUUUACUGUAAAUACCAUGGUUAAACUAUGGUUAGUGUAGCAAACCCAUGGUUAAUUUGCGGUUACCAUGGUUUAACUACAUUAACUGUGGGGAUUUUUUUAUGGCUAAUUCUCAUAAGGGUAAAGCUGUUUUUUCAGCACUGAAGGAACGCUAAGUUCGUAAUUUUCAAGAUUCUUUCUGUCCCUUUUCAGGAUCGACAAGCUGUGUCACAUAGUUUAUGUAUUUUAAGCUCUUGUAUUCACGACAAAUGCAUCGACAUCCUCACCGUGGUAGUCUUGGAACGCCCACAGUGCCGUCUUUCCCUGCUGCUGCUACAAACCUGCUCUCUUUGCACGUGCAUGAACGCCUUGCCUUCCGAGCUUGUGAAAUACAAUCCCAGAUAUCCACACAUAUAUAUAUAUAUGUAUAUUUAGUGCAACCUGGUGUUAGUUUUAGUGGCAAUAUGGAUAGCUUAGCUUCAAAUAUAUAGUACACUGUCGCCAGCUUGCUCACUCUGUGUUAGCAUUAUCCAACGUAUUUAUCUGCUAAGCAAGCAUGUUCUGUGUGGCUUAGUUGUAUGCUUCCGCGACCGUAUAUCUCUAUCUUUCUCUCUGUCUUUCGCUUUGGUUGUUUUCCGCAGCUUUAAUAUUAGCGUGUGUAGUUCCUUGGCAUGCCUCUAUAUAAGCAUAUUCAAAGUCUCGAUGUCUCUCUAUCGCACUCUCUUCUUCCUGUGUCUCUCUUUCUCUUGCUUUGCCCUGUAGCAGCUCUCAGACCUUUAAGAGCAGUGUUUUCCCUGCUGUUUCACGACUACCCAUCAUGUCCAUCAGUUUGUUGUAUGAGGAACUCAUGUGUUGUCAUGAACCUGACCGAACAGGGUAACACCAUGUGACUGAGUGAAUUCAUGUUUUUUUCUUUCUCACUCAACAUUGCUUGAAAGUAAAGUGAUUGUCUGAGGAUCUGAUGUUCAGAAGAAAGUAACAAACAACUAGUGUGUUGAAAUUAUAUAGAGCGAGGCAGAUAACAGACCCUCUUGAAAUGUGUUUUACUUUCAUGGGAAACGCCAAUAAAUGUUACUGCCAAACAAGUUUGUCUGGAUUUUUAAUAAA